ACAUCUCUCUUCUCACAUGCACAUGCCGGAGACCAGCUACAGGGGACUCAAACUGAGCAAAUCCCUUAAUCUUCUAAAUUCUUUUCCCUGGUUUGUUGAAGCAGCCAAGGAUGGGGUGGAGCUUCUGUGACUAAAAAGUUCCACUUCAUUUUCCCCACACAGGAGAACAUGGCCCAGAGAGUCGCAAUUGUGGGAGCUGGGGUCAGCGGCCUGGCUUCCGUCAAGUGCUGUCUGGAGGAAGGACUGGAGCCCACCUGCUUUGAGAGGAGCGAUGACCUCGGGGGGCUGUGGAGAUUCACCGAACAUGUUGAAGAAGGCAGAGCCAGUCUCUACAAGUCUGUGGUUUCCAACAGCUGCAAGGAGAUGUCCUGUUACUCAGACUUUCCAUUCCCAGAAGAUUAUCCCAACUAUGUGCCAAAUUCUCAAUUUCUGGAAUAUCUCAAAAUGUAUGCAAACCGGUUCAACCUUGUGAAAUGCAUUCAAUUCAAGACCAAAGUCUGCAGCAUAACAAAAUGCCCAGAUUUUACUGUCUCUGGCCAAUGGGAGGUGGUCACUCUGCAUGAAGGGAAGCACGAAUCAGCCAUCUUUGAUGCUGUCAUGGUCUGCACUGGUUUCCUUACUGACCCUUAUCUGCCACUGGAUUCCUUUCCAGGUAUAAAUGCCUUUAAAGGACAGUACUUUCAUAGCCGACAAUAUAAGCAUCCAGAUAUAUUUAAGGACAAGAGAGUCCUUGUGGUUGGAAUGGGAAAUUCUGGCACAGACAUUGCAGUGGAGGCCAGCCAUCUGGCAAAAAAGGUGUUCCUCAGCACUACCGGAGGGGCAUGGGUGCUCAGCAGAGUCUUUGACUCAGGUUACCCGUGGGACAUGGUGUUCAUGACACGAUUUCAGAACCUGCUCAGAAAUUCCCUCCCAACUCCAAUUGCGACUUGGUGGAUAGCAAGAAAGAUGGACAACCGGUUCAGUCACGCAAAUUAUGGCUUAAUACCAGAAGACAGGACUCAGCUGAAGGAAUUUGUGCUAAAUGAUGAGCUCCCAGGCCGCAUCAUCACCGGGAAAGUGUUCAUCCGGCCAAGCAUAAAGGAAGUAAAGGAAAACUCCGUCAUUUUUAACAACACCCCAAAGGAAGAGCCCAUUGAUAUUAUUGUUUUCGCCACUGGAUAUACCUUUGCUUUCCCCUUCCUUGAUGAGUCUGUAGUGAAAGUUGAAGACGGCCAGGCAUCACUGUACAAGUAUAUCUUCCCUGCACAUCUGCAAAACCCAACCCUGGCUGUUAUUGGCCUCAUCAAACCCUUGGGCUCCAUGAUACCCACAGGAGAAACACAGGCUCGAUGGGCUAUUCGAGUCCUGAAAGGUGUGAAUAAGUUACCACCACCAAACGUCAUGAUAGAGGAAGUUAAUGCAAGGAAAGAAAACAAGCCCAGUUGGUUUGGCUUGUGCUACUGCAAAGCUUUACAAUCUGAUUAUAUAACAUACAUAGAUGAGCUCCUGACCUAUAUCAAUGCGAAACCCAACCUCUUCACUAUGCUCCUGACGGAUCCACGCCUUGCUCUGACUGUCUUCUUUGGCCCAUGCUCACCAUACCAGUUCCGCUUGACUGGUCCAGGAAAAUGGGAAGGAGCCAGAAAUGCCAUCAUGACCCAGUGGGACCGAACAUUCAAGGUCACCAAAUCUCGAAUUGUACAAGAUUCUCCAUCUCCCUUAGAGAGUUUACUUAAAUUCUUUAGCUUUCUGGCUUUGCUUAUAGCUGUUUUCCUCAUUUUUCUAUAAGUAAAAGAUUGCCUAAAUGGCAGAUGCACAGAGUAAGUUUACAAUGCUCUGAUUCCUCUGUUACAGCAAGAUGGCCUUCACAGUUAUAAACCAUACCUGAGUAGUGAGGGCCACCCUCUCCCUUCCCUGGCUCACCCCAGGGCUACCUACCACUGGGAUUCCUGAGCCUCUCCCAGGUCCACUUAUGUCUAACGCCAGAGGAUGAUAACUAAGAUUUCUGUGCACUUGAAGGCUGUUGGAAGGUUCCAGGUCCAUUUAAAGAAGAAAGCUGUUCUUGACAGCAUUCUGAGCAGUCAUAAUUAUUUUCCAUAUAAACUAUUUUCAUAGAUCUCAACUAAAACCCUCUACUUUACAAAAGAUUGGGUUGUACUAAAAUGGUGCUUUUAUGGUAUUGAUUGAUUAAAAAAGAAAAAGGAAAAAAAGGAAACCUAAAAAUUGAUUGUUU